AUGGGCGACUACGACUAUCUGAUCAAGUUCCUCGCGCUCGGCGAUUCUGGCGUCGGAAAAACAUCGUUUCUGGUGAGUGAGGCCGAAGUUUUGCGCUGCUAAGACUACAAACUAUUCGUUUGGGUCUGUUGAAUGGUGCGGAUUUUCAGCAUCGUUACACGGACAACACUUUCACCGGACAGUUCAUCUCCACAGUGGGAAUCGACUUUAAAGAGAAGAAAGUGGUAUGUUCAACAGUGUUUCUUUGCUCAUUGCACUUUGAAAUUGGGUUUAGGUGUACAAAAGCACUAAAGGAGGAUUUGGAGGGCGUGGCCAGAGAGUUCUGCUUCAGUUGUGGGACACUGCCGGACAGGAGAGGUUAGUUAGAAGCUCAAACAUCAAAAGUUAAAUCGGGUCGGGCUGAGCCGCCAGACAUUCUUCUGACACAUGACAAUUCGUAGAGUCAGCACCUCCGGGAGCUCUAUACACGCCACUGAUUACACCGUCACAACUUCAGAUUUCGGUCUCUGACGACGGCGUUCUUCCGCGACGCGAUGGGCUUCAUUCUCAUCUUCGACAUCACCAACGAGCAGUCGUUUCUGAAUAUUCGUGACUGGCUGUCGCAGCUCAAAGUGCACGCGUACUGCGAAACGCCGGACAUUAUCAUUUGCGGCAACAAGGCGGAUCUCGAGAAUCGGCGCCAAGUCAGCACGGCGAGAGCCAAGCAGCUCGCCGAUCAACUGGGGUAUUGGGGGGAGAUAGUGUGUGGAGCGAUCAAUUUAUUCCGACAUUGCAGACUUCCCUAUUUUGAAACGUCGGCGUGUACUUCGACAAACGUGGAAAAGUCGGUGGAUUGCCUACUCGACCUGGUAAUGCACCGGAUUCAACAGAGCGUGGAGACUUCCUCCCUUCCACUUUCAGGUAACAAAGACGUUUAAAUGUUCACUUUACACCUCUUUCGAAAUUCCAGAAUGCCGUGGCGUGAGUCUGGACGGAGACCCGAACGCCACCUCUUCCUACUGUGCGAAUUGCUAA